AUGUCGAAUAACAAUGAUGAAAAACUACGAAAUAAAUCUUUAUCAAAAAGAAAUGAUAGAGAAUCAGGAUUAAUUAAUGAUAUAACACAUCAAUUAUUAAUUCAUACACGACAAGGUCAUAAUAAAGUUAUAUCAGAAUCAAUAUUACCAUUACUAUUAUGUUUUGCAUGUCCAUUUUUUGUUCGAUCAAUUGUUUUUAUAUGUAAUCAUUGUGAUGGAUCAAUAAUGGAAUAUCUUCGACGUCUUUUAUUCGAUCAUACAAUGACAUUAAAAGAUGUUUUAGAAAAUUUUUUCUAUUUUCAAUGGCAUUGGCCAUCAGCCAUAAUUAUUUUUGGUGUUUUUACUUAUGCUAUUAUUAUGACGAUGUUAUUACCUGGUGAUGAAUAUAGUGGACCAAUAACGGAUACAGGACAUGUACCAAUCUAUCGAAAUAAUGGUUUCAAUUAUUAUAUUGUUUCAUUAAUUAUAUUUGCUUUAUUAACAAUAGUGUUAAAAUUAAAUAAUCUUUCUCCAACAUAUAUAUAUGAUCAUUGGGAAGAAUUUUUAUCAACUGUAAAUACAUUUGGCUUUUUAUUAUGUUUUGGUGUUAUGAUCAAAGGUAAAUAUAUGCCAUCAACAAAUGAUCAUCGAUCAUCAUCAAAUUGGUUAACAGAUUUUUAUCGUGGAGUAGAACUUUAUCCAAGAAUAUUUAAUAUUGAUAUUAAACUUAUUACAAAUUGUCGAUAUGGAAUGUUAACAUGGGCACUAUUAUCUAUUAUUUUUUGUAUGAAAACCUUUGAACUUUAUGGUUAUACAGAUAGUGCUUUAGUUACAUGUAUUUUAACACUUGUUUAUUUAACAAAAUUUUUUUGGUGGGAAUCAGGUUAUAUGAAAACUAUUGAUAUAAUUGUUGAUCGUGCUGGAUUUUAUUUAUGUUGGGGUUGUAUUGUAUGGGUAUCUGGUAUUUAUACACUUCCAUCUUAUUUUAUUGUUAAACAUCCAAAUCAACUUGGAUUUGUAUUAACAUCAAUUAUAUUACUAUUAGGUCUUCUUUCAAUCUAUGUUAAUUAUGAUUGUGAUAGACAAAAACUAGAUGCUCGAUCAAAACAUGGAAAAUGUUCAAUAUGGGGUAAACCAGCUGAAAUAAUUCAUACAAAAUAUCGUUUAUUAAAUGGUAAUGAAUGUGAAAGUAUAUUACUUGUAUCUGGUUAUUGGUCAUUAUCAAGACAUUUUCAUUAUAUACCCGAAUUAACAUUAGCUUUUCUUUGGACAUGUCCAUGUGGUUUUAAAUAUAUUUUACCAUAUUUUUAUUUUAUUAUAUUGUUUAUUUUAUUAAUGCAUCGUGCACAUCGUGAUGAUCAAAAAUGUACAUUAAAAUAUGGUCAAACAUGGCUAAAAUAUUGUCAUUUAGUACCUUGGAAAGUAUGGCCUGGAAUUUAUUAA